ACUAUGGGCCCAAUGGAUCCUUGUCCAUCUUUGAAUGGAGGAUUUUUGACUUUAUUUGCAGAGCCGAGCAAGAAUUUGGGUCUACAAUUGCCCCCCUUCACCCGACCAAUUGACUAUGGGCUAAUGUGCCGUAAAAUUGAUUGGCGGGUGAAGGAGUUAACCUUCUUGCACGGUUGUCCUUCGGAUGCUCCUCUUGUCGUGGUAGCUGACCCUCUGGAUGAUGAAUGCAAUAUGAUGCUGUCUUCAAGAUGUUUCCUUGCUACAGAGGCUGACCCUUCAGACGACAUGUGUGAAGCUUCAGGAUGCUCCUUUGGUGAGGUAGUCGAUCCUUCGAUUUGCAGGAUGCUACUUCGGUGA